UUCAUCAUCUGCUCAGGCAUUGUCGGCCGACCGUAAACAGUCAUCGCGCUCCUCCAGGGAGCAACCUCCUCCAUAACUAGCACAGGUAUAAAUCUGCCUCUUAGCCACUAAAUUAGACACAUUCUUGAGAGUCUCGCUCUGCAAGUGCUGCACAAACCUGAGGGGGGAAGAAAAGAGAGAAAGCUAAGCAAACCCACGAGAGUCGUAAAGGAGGCGCGUGAAUAAGGUACAGCCUGUGUGUGAAUUUAACCAGAUGGCCACUUUGAUCUAUAUGAAAAAUUGUUAAUGUUUUCACACGCACCGCUGUUAUGAAUAGUUUUCUUUACACUGAGCAAGAAUUAAUCCCCCCCCCCCCCCCCCCCUCAUCUCAAGGAGCUGUCAUUGCAUCACGUGCAUGGAGCCUGCUGAGCCUCAAAGCCGAGGGCCGAGUCGGGGCCUGCGCCGCGUCGCCUCGUCUCAGCCAGUCAAAGUGUCGCGGCCAGCAGAGCAGUCGCAUGAGAAUGCGGCUCUCCCGAGCUGAAUACAAGGAGGUGGUGCGGUGGACCGAGCAGCUGAGACCCACCCGGCAGGGCGUGAGGACGCUGAGGGAGCGACUCCCGGGUCACUCGCAGUCCACUCUUCUGAGCAUCUUCUCCCUGGAGUACCAGAAACGAACCAAAAGAACAUUUUCAAGACACCAUGCUCCAGAGGUUAUCGAAAGCCACUACCAAAGGUAUCUGAUGGAAGCCAAAGCACAUCCCGCUGCUCCCGUCCUGCUCCAAUUGGCCAAUGAGGUGGAUCUGUCUCCUGCCCUGAUGGCUCGUCUCAUCCUGGACAGGUUCCUUCAGGGCCUGGAGGGGGGAAUGCCUUCUAAAACCGUCCUCAACAGCAUGCUCAAGGAGCCGUCGUUAAUUCCAGACCAGAUGUUGGCCAAACACGUCUACCAGUGCACAAUAAAUGACUGCUGUUAUGGACCGCUGGUAGACUGCAUCAAACACGCUAUUGGCCAAGAGCACGAGGUGCUGCUCUGUGACAAGCUGAAGGAGAGGAACCUGUCCUUCCUGGAUGAAAACCAACUGAGAGUUAUGGGCUACGACAAAACACCCGAUGUCAUCCUGGAGGUUCCCAUUGCCGUGGAGGGACACAUCGUCCACUGGAUUGAGAGCAAGGCCUCGUUCGGAGACGACCACAGCCACCGCACCUACCUCAACGAGCAGUUCUGGAGCUACUGGAACAGGUUCGGCCCCGGCCUCGUGAUCUACUGGUACGGCUUCAUCGAGGAGCUGGACUGCCAGAGGGACCGAGGCAUCCUGCUCAAAGACGGCUUCCCCUCAGACAUCGUCCUGUGCCACGCCGCCCGGCAGGACGGGCCGCCACGAGAGCCGGAGUAAAGACAAAGAGGGAAACGGAGACGCAACUAAGAGAGAGGAAAACAAGAAGGCGGGACGGGGAGGAACCGGGGUGUGAGCCGAGAGCCGGAAGCAAUUUGGCUUUCCUGCGCAGUGAGACGACUCUGCCCUGAACUCCAGCUGACCCUCUGCCUCCUCCUCAUGUAACGCUCUGCAAAGGGUCAGACUCACACCUGUGUGCAGAGACAGCGUCCGGAGGCGUCCUGCUCGGCCCCCGACCCGAGCAGGACGCCAGGCCUUCCUUAUCAAGCCCUGGCCUCCGUCACUCCUUCCUCCUCCACUCCAUACGCAGAUAAGAGAGGGCCGGCCGGGGGCCACUGGAAGCCCGUCUCUCACCUGCGUCACUCGGGGCCCUCAGUCGCUCUCCGGAGGGAAACAGGACCGCUUCUAAAGACGGCCUCCAUGUGACCUUUUCCACUUUAUAAAAUCUUUUGAGGUUUUCUCUUCUUUUUUUUUAAGCAGACAUCGCAACUAAAGGUCAUCACACAGAUAUCGUCAACAUGUUGUAUCUGCUUCUUUAGAGUGGAUUAUAUAAAUCAACUAUAAUUCAAUAACUAUCAUUUGUCACUUUUUGCUUGCACGUUUUCACACAGCUGUGCUUCUGUUUCUCUCGAUCUGGUUUGCCUGGUGUUGGAUACAAACAGUUAAAGAACACGUUUAUUUUAAAUCGGUUUGUUCUGCAAUUAAUAUUUUUUCUAACAAUUCAUGUGUUGAAUAUUUUCUACUUCCCUGAUACUCAAUGUACAGCGAUAUAAAGCAUAGAAAUAAAAAGUGCUUGCUUGGAUUGUUUUGCUUCACAAAUAAAAAUGACUCUGAUAAUCCA